GUUGGCCUAAUGAACAUGAGCAUAACCAGGUUGACAGUGGUUAAGUGUAGGUCAAGAAAUGGUGUAAUUACCGUUAAAAAACAUUAAACAGCAAUCUUAAUUCGUACAAUUAAAAAUCACCGAAAAUGACUGUCGCGAACUUUUUUUUGGUUGUUAUUGAAGUACUUUUUCUGGGUGUAUUUAUUCGAGCAGAUACCUUUUCUAAAAUAGAGGAGCUAAUAUCUCAAUGGGCUCCCGUGGUAUGGUUAGCCCCUGACGAUAAAUACUUACCGCUCAGCGUCGAGGAGUUCCUAAGUCACGUAGAAGUAGCGCAACAACCUACACCUUUAUUUGAUACGGAAGCGCAGAUGCCGUACGGUCCAGGAUCCGAACAAUUCUAUUUAGUUACAAGAAAGGAUCUGGGAACACUUUUAAAUGAUGGCAAUUCAUUUUUGCAUGGGAGAAAUCCAACUACUCACAACAUACCUGUGUACACAAUAGUAACGCCUUGUUCUCCAAACUUAUCAUUUCAUUCAAGCAAUGCUAAUCGCUUAUCAGAUAAUGUACGCGCAUUAUACGACAAACUCGAACCUAAUCCACAUUUCCACGUAGUCUACUGGAUGUUCUUUCCUUACAACGAAGGAAAAGAAAUAUGUGUAAUAGGGAAAGUACCUACUCCCAUAAUCUUUGGCUCCUGUCUCGGCCAAAGGAAGAUCUUCGGUAAUCAUGUAGGAGACUGGGAGCAUAUCAGCUUAUCGUUCAACGGCAACGGGUAUCCAGAUGCAAUGUACGUUUCAGUUCAUGAUGCCGGCGUAUACUACAAAUACGAUGUCAAAUCCAGACAAUUUAAGUACAUAAAUCAAGUUACAAAAAAAGGCAUACUACAAAGACCCAAGUUUCCGAAAGAGACUAAAAUGCAAAACAAUCAUCCCGUAGUCUUUUCGGCGAAAGGCUCCCACGGAUUAUGGUCAGCGCCAGGAAAUCACUAUUUUGUUAAGGUUCCUCGACUAACAGACGAAAACGGUUACGGCAUCAAGUGGGAAACCUGGAGAAAUUUAAAAAUAUAUUUCCUUGGGACUAGCGCUAUUCCUUCUUGGAUGAAAUACAAAGGGAAAUGGGGAAAUCCGCAGUCAAACUGUUUUAUUUCUAAGAAACUCGGUUUCUGCGAAGUAUCCGAUGGCCCAACUGGUAUUUUAGAAAGAAGUAACGAUUUCAAUUGUUCUCAGAGUGUUCAUUAGUUGGUUUUUACAG